UGAAUGCGAAAGAUGCAACAGGUGUGGGGGUCGAAUGCUUUGGAAACCAAGCCGCAGAUGCCAUAAACAGCGUUGAACACGGAGCUCGGGGUUAGCGGCUGCCCAUUGCGGAUCGGGUUUGAACGGGACAGCGCCAUAUUCGCGGGUGCCAUGUGAUCAGGGCUGCCGCAGCAGCCAUGGGCCGGAGGCUGAACCUGUCGCACCUGAGCCAGGAGGAGUGCGAGCGCAUUCUGGCCGUCAUCCAGCGCGACCUCGAGCUGCGAGCACGAGAGAAAGAGCGCCUCGGACGCCUUGAGGAAGAGUUGCAAGGCCACGUACGGGGCUCUGCCCACAGAGAGGUCUGUAAGGACGCAGGCAAGAGCUGCUCCCACUGCAGUUCAACGUUCAAUCUUCUCUUCAAUCGAAAACUGGUGUGUCGGGAGUGCGCUUUUGUGUGUCGGGACUGCGCCACGUAUGACUCUCGAGACCGGGGAUGGUACUGCCGCCUCUGUGAGCAGCAGAGGAGCCUGCGUGCACAGUCCUGCGAGUGGUUUUACGAAAACGUAAAGGUCAAAUUUAACCAUUUUGGAAGUACCAAGGUUCUGCUGUCCCUGUAUGGCCCAAAGAAAACAGAUAAGGCAUCUGAUUUAGAAGCUACAGAGCAAGAGGAAUCCGAUGUUCAACAGCAUGUGGAAUCUGUAAUUGAGAGCCUCCUGGGCGAAUCGCUAGAUUCUGCCUCUGUGAGUCGUCUCUACAGGCACCCUCUUUAUGAAAAGACCUUCACUGAUCACAAAGAAAAGCUCUUGGAGGGUGUUUCUCAAUUCACAAGAGCCCUUCUCAUUGCAUUGCAAGGAAAGCAGUGUGAAGGAGACCUGACACCUACUAGCACACAUGCCAGGCUCAAAGAGCUGAUAUUUAGUCUCACUAAGUAUGUGGAUGCUCUUCCAGCUUUGCAGGAGGAACGUAACCUGAAAACGAAAGAUGCAUCUGCCUGUUCUGAUGCUUCUGGCAGUGAUGAUGAAGAUGUUGUUUGUGACACUUAUGAGGAGCUUCUCGUUGUGGCUGUCAUCAAUAAGGCUGUUGAAAUGGCUCAACGUAAAUACGCAACGGACGGUUCAGCUGGGGAUUUGAAAAAUGCAUGUGAACCUGACAUCAUCAGGACAGCAAAAAAAGAACAUAUUGAUGUCGGCUGCCAAUCAGACAUCCCAUUGUCUGACUCUGGACAGGAAGAGGAAGAGUUCACGGAGGAAACUGAGUCUGACGAGUUCUUCUGGUCACGUGUCAAGGAGGACCCGUUUAAGUAUAUUAUUGAGGAAAAAAUUGAGGAGGAAAUCACCGAGGCUUACACGGAAUCUGACGACGACAGGAAUAGAGCUCUUUCUGACCCCGAGGAGUGCACCAGCAGUUCUCGCAUGCAAGUUCCCUUCACCCUGGAUUUAUCUCGAGAGCAUAGGGUUCCCUUUCCAGAGAUGGGUGUGGACAUUGUCACUCCCUAUGCCUUGGACUCUGACGAGGAAGAGCUAGAAGGAGAUGAUGUUGAUGGCCAUGAGGCCAGUGCCAAAGGCAGUGGGGAUGAUACGCCAGCUCGCAUCUGGACGACGUGUGUGCAGGAUUGGGAGGACAACUGGUUGUUUCGACAGCGAAAGCGCAGUGCUGCCCUUGGUGCCUUCAGGGGUGGUCGCUACGCAGCCUACUACGACCCCAUAAACAUGGUCAUUCCUAAUCCCUCGGAUGAUUGCGGACGGGUACGAUUGGGAAGCAGGGACCUUGAUGAACUUUCAGAAAUGUCUGAGAAGCUUUCUGUUGGUUCUUUAGAAUUGUCUAGUGCAUCGGACUCUGAAGAGGACUUGGGUGCGAAUGAGGUUUUUGAGAAGGAGGCCACGAAAGUAGCCACCAUCAAUGGUAACGGCAAGAGUGCUACAGGCCCACGGAAAUCUGUUGAUGCUCCGACCAAUUGGAAGUACAAAUCACUCGUAGAGGAUGAAAAAGACAACAGGGGUUUCCCAAAGCCACAGCUGAGAGCCUCGCUGCAGAUGAUGCAAGACUCCAAGAGUUCUGGGUGGCCAUUGACAUCAACUCCAAAAAAGGACAAAAAAGAGCAUGUUUCAGCUGCCAAGAUAAUUUUGAAACAGUUGAGGAUACCUGCCUACUCUGAUCCUGGUGCAAGAAAACAGUGCAGAGACCCUACACUGCACUUCAAUUUGCAUCCAGAAGCCAAGACCACAUUACAUUGUGGAAAGAUUGCCAAGUUUGUCUGUGAGGUGUCAACACCGAAGCUGCUGGGUGUUGCCUGGUUUCAAGGCAAGAAUCAGCUGGUGCCAAACGACCAUUGUCGAAUUACUAGGAUUCGUGGAAAAGAAUAUGUCUUAGAGCUUUACAAUGUUGGCAAAAGCGAUGAAGGCACCUACUCUGCUGUUGCCUACACCGACAAAGACGAAGUCUGGUGCGACUUUGCCUUGGCUGUAAGAGCUACGAGCCGUGCCACAAAUGCACCAGACUUCACGGUGGCUCCGCACAUAGUAGAGCUGACUGGAGAUCCCUGGGUGCAAAUCUCGUGCACUGUGAGUGGUUACCCUGAGCCACGAGUUUGGUUCCUACGGGAUGACCUACCCCUUCCUGACAGUGAAGAGGAAAGGUUCUGUGUAGAGAACAAAGGCUAUGGGGAAUGGUGUUUGAGGAUGCAAAGCCCCACACCUGAAGAUGAAGCCAAAUAUACUGCUGUGGCUGGGAACAGUGUUGGCAGAGCUCAUAGCUCAAUCACCUUCCGCCUGUCUGAUCUGAAGGUGAAGCCAGCUUGCAAACGACCAGCCAAAGCAUCCAGUCCUCACGUAAACAAUCACCAGCCUUCUAAGAGCACUGUGGAGAAGGCAGAAUCUGAAGGAAAUCUGCCAGUCGGACGGCAUCCACCUGUGGUCAUACAGCGCACAUGGGCUGAGCGCCAGGCAGCGAUGCAGCCUGCUAAGGUCGCAAGUGGGGAAAGCUCUCUUACUUACGACAACACAUCAACAUUCAAGAAUGUUGAUGAGCAGACAGAGCUUGUGCCUUCGGUUGAACUGCUGAAUGCACCGCCAAAACCCGGAACUAUAGCAGAGCGGGAACAUGCCAAGUGGCUGAAUGCCGUGCCUUUGCCGAACAACCCCUACAGCGUAGAAAACUUGUCGAGGCGGGCCAGUGAAAGUCGCCGAGACUCCCUGACCACUGCCAAAACGAGCUCUUCGUUUGACACACCACUCGAAGACGACAAUGAGGAAGAUGGUUUCUCCUCACCUGUGCUUCCUUCUUCCUACCUGCGGGAUUAUUACAUCAAUAAUCCUAAGCUUGUUGCACAAGUAGAGGCCUCAUCUACAUGGCGAUCAUCUUUACAAAGUGCAAAAUCAUUGACGUCGUCUGGGGACCCUGAGGAAACUCUGCAUUCAUUUGAAGAACAGGUUUACUCUAGUCCUAGAAAGGCAUUCCGCCCAACUGUACACAUGCGGACACUCACAGCAGCUGUCAGCACUCCUCACCUAAACAUCGAAGACGCAACUAGCAUAUUUCCUGAUAAGAAAGUGAUCUUAGAAGAAAAGGCGCUCAAUGGCCAGGGGGAACCCUAUUCAAAAAGAACGUCAUGUAGCAGCUAAACAUCAAGAUGCUUGGUCUAUCAAAAAGGAUUCUGAUGAGCCAUCAAUAAGGCCCCAGGUCAGUCAAUGUACCUGUUCAAAAUAUUUGAGCUCACUUAUCAAGCUUUGCUAAUGCUAAAUGCUCUUGCACUGCUGUUAACAUGAACAUGUUGCCCUUUUCAGCCACUGCCGAGAAAAAGUCUGGUUCGUAAAAAAAACCACUUCACUCAAUGCGUGUGCAGUUGCAUGUUCGUGAUUUGACUCUUAAAUGUUGUCCUUGUGUUCCUUGUCACUUCCCUGCUGCUUUAUGUGAAGACCACCUUGUUGUAUGCAUGGGUCUGUGUGCACACGCCUGUAUACACAGCAUUCGUGUGCUUGUUCCUGUGCCCUUAUGCAUUGAACACGUUGAGAGUAUUAUGGCUUUUGUCCUUUUACAACUUUUUUACCAAGUGCGAUAUCUUGGUCGUCUAUUCAUCAUAUCAGAGGCUCGUGUUUUUAUAAGUUUUCAGACUGCAGGUGUACAGGUGAUCAAAAAAGUGUCCCUUAAGCUUCGUGAAAUAUGUGGAAAGCAGACACUAUGAACAGCUUAGCCAAAUAUCGCAAUCGUGUAUGGCAGGGAGAGAGUGGUGUGCGAAGCUUUCAUUUUCUCAGGUGCACUCUUUUCACGUGGGUUCUCACUCUUAAAGCACUUUCGUUGCCAUCAAUAGAUAGCAUGCUAUUGGCUGAUAGCCUCUGUAAAUCAAGAGUGGCAUUUGGAUCAGGUGUGCUCCUUCUCAACAGGAGGCGCCACCACGUGCCGGUGCCGUGGCAUAGGCUGCUAGCGUUACGCAGUAGGCACACUAGCGCACAUAAAAAUUGCAACUGAGAAGGGUGAUUGUAUUUCAUCAUGUGUGCUAAAAAUCUUGAGUCCCACUGACUUUCCUUUUUUUCUCAAGCCAUCUGUCCCUUUGUAGAAUUCGGCGCAUUCACUGAGAUGAGAGAAGCGAGUAAGCAUAUGAAGCGUGCAAGAAAUCCCUGUUACUCCUUGUAUCCAGUUAACUAGCGAGGUUCUUGCAGCAAUCUAUUUGCGAGGCUUAGUACUAAGAUCGUUCUAUGAUUACCUAGAAAAUUGGUUUAACAUCCUCUUGAGAAGUUAGUUUGGCAUUUAGCAAACUCCUUAAAUUAAAAGGGAGCAUGCUGCAUUAGUGUUCAGUUGAAGUUCAAAAGUAAGCAAAGCGGUGUUGGUUAAGCUACUUCAGCUUUCUAUGUGCUUUCAUAGGGGCAGACAUACAACUUAUGACAGUGACGAAAUUCCAAGUAAACACUGCGGCAGCUUGGGUACUGAAAGAAGCGAUAGCGGGCUCAUGGUAUCUUU